GAGUUUCCACUGAAACUCUUUGUCCUUUAUGGCAGACUGAUCGGUAUCUUAGCAUGGAGUUAACUGAAGCCGCCCGAAGUCUUCAGGUCCACUGGGUUCACAUUUAUCAUUUAUUUGCACUGAUUUGUGUCUUUGCCAUUACCUUUAAAUUAACUGUGUUAAUCUGCAAAAGAAAGAAUUUGCUCCAAAAAAUUGAAGCUUUUCCAGGACCACCAGCACACUGGCUUUUUGGACACACGAAAGAGUUUCAAGGAGAUGGGUCAGACUUGUUCAAGAUGAUGGCCUGGGCCCAGCAGUACCCCUUUGCUUAUCCGCUGUGGUUUGGUCCUUUUGUUUGUUCCCUUCGGAUUCAUCACCCAGGUUAUGCAAAAACCAUACUGCAAUCAACAGAGCCCAAAGAUGAUUUGGGAUAUACAUUUCUUGAAUCUUGGAUUGGUGAAGGUUUGCUGAUUUCUAAAGGUCAGAAGUGGUUUAGUCACAGAAGGCUCCUGACUCCAGGUUUCCAUUAUGACGUGUUGAAACCAUAUGUAAAACUGAUGUCAGAUUCUGCUGAAACUAUGCUGAACAAAUGGGAAAGUUAUGCAAAGAGCCAAAAGUCCUUUGAGUUGUUUGAACACGUGAGCCUCAUGACACUGGACAGCAUCUUGAAGUGCGCCUUCAGCUGUAACAGCAACUGUCAAACUGAGGGAACAACAAAUGUGUACAUUAAGGCGGUGUAUGAGCUCAGUCAACUGAUUAGUCUGCGGGUCAGGACCUUUCUGUACCACAACAACAUCAUUUUCCACCUGAGCCCACAUGGGUUCAGAUACAGGAAGGCGCUCAGGGUGGCACACAGUCACACAAAUGAAGUCAUAGAAAAGAGGAAAGAAGCAUUACACACAAAGAGGGAGCUGGAACACAUACAAGCCAAGAGACACCUGGACUUUCUUGACAUCCUUCUGUGUGCAAAGGAUGAGACACAGCAAGGUCUGUCAGAUGAAGACAUGAGAGCAGAAGUUGAUACCUUCAUGUUUGAGGGCCACGACACGACAGCCAGUGGCAUCUCUUUCAUCCUCUACUGUUUAGCCUGCAACCCAGAACACCAGAAGAUUUGCAGGGACGAGAUCAAUGAGGUCCUGAAUGGCAAGAACACAUUUGAGUGGCAGGAUCUCAAUAAAAUUCCGUACACCACAAUGUGCAUCAAAGAAUCACUUCGUCUUUACCCACCUGUCCCAACGAUGGCCAGAAAAGCUACCAAACCUAUUACCUUUUUUGAUGGAAGGACUGUGCCUGAAGGUUGUAUUAUUGGAACAAAUGUGUUUGGGAUUCACAGGAAUGCCUCUGUAUGGGAGAACCCUGAUGUGUUUGACCCACUGCGUUUUCUGCCAGAGCGCAUUAACUCCAGGUCACCUCAUGCCUUUAUUCCCUUUUCUGCAGGUCCAAGGAACUGCAUUGGUCAGACCUUUGCCAUGAAUGAGAUGAAAGUGGCAACUGCUCUGACACUGAAGAGAUAUGAGCUGAUAGGGGACCCCACGAGGAAACCUAAGAUUGUUGCGAGACUGGUGCUUCGGUCACUCAAUGGUGUCCACAUCAAAAUCAGAUCUUUGGACCCAAAAGGGGAGUAACUGCAUUAAACAGAAUAUACACUCACUGUCCACUUU